AUGGCUACAGCAGAUAUUGAUGAUACUCUUACUGAUGAAAGGGCUGCUUUAGCUGGUCAGCCCAAGAAACAUGACCAUGAACAGGCAGUUCAUCUUGACAAAGUAACAGAUUACGUAGAAGAGCAAGAGAUAUUCGGUGAUGUUGGGAAAGCUGUAUCUGAAAUAAGUAGUGAUUUAUUAAAAGAUAAAUCACUCAAAGACCAGAGAGACAAAGAACUUGCUAAAGUAGUUAUCAGAAAAGAAGAUGUUGAAUUAAUUACUCGUGAACUGGAAAUUCCGAAGUCGGUGGCCGAGAGAAGUCUUCGUGAACAUAUGGGUGAUGUAGUAUAG